GGCCCGUUUUUUUCCCUCACAACAUCUGGUACAUCUAUCCAUACCAAUUAUCCCUAUGAUUUCUACUACGGUGCAUCCAUACAAACCAACAUUGCCACCAUUUCUUUGAUGGAUUCUGACGAUGCCUCUUCUACGGGCUCGGCGAAGUCGUGUAUCUUUGGAUUACUAUCCGAGGAUAUUACUGCUGCCUGUACGACCGACUAUACGCCGGAACGAUGUGAUAAUGCCACCGUCCGGCCCGACCUCUUCUUUGACUUCGUGCCGGCCGAGCUCGUGGGCCGGUGGGUUAAGUGGACAAACGCGGGGCCGCCCUCCGCUCCGCGAGGCUCGGGCCAGCACAAAGACGUUCUCGCAGUCUUCUGUGGAAGCCAACGACUUCAGACGAACUCUACCUCUUCUUAG